AUGAAGACGGCGGCGGCCGCGCUGCUGAACUGCGACCCGGCGGAGCUGGCGGUCACGGAGUCCGCGCAGAGCGCCUGGGCCAAGGCCUUUGCUUCGCUGGACUUCCGGCCUGGCGACCGCAUCUUCUGCUGGGAGAGCGAGUAUGCGGGCAACGCAGUGGCCUUGCUGCAAGCCAAACGGCGCUUCGGUGUGCAGUUGGAGGUGCUGCCCAUGCGCCAGGGCCGGGUGGACGUGGAGCGUUUGGAGGCCGAGCUUGUCGCCUUCCAAGCGGCGAGGACGGGGCGGGCGCUGGUGGCGCUGUGCCACCUGCAGACCAACUCCUCGGUGGUGCAGCCGGCGGAAGCAGUUGGCCAGGUGGCCAGGAGGCACCAGGCGGUGUUCCUGCUGGACACCUGCCAGACCAUUGGCCAGAUGCCCGUCGACCUGCGCCGACUGGGCUGCGACUUUGCCUGCGCCACGGGGCGCAAGUGGCUGCGGGGGCCCAGGGGCACAGGGCUGCUCUACGCGCGCGGAGACUGCCAGUGGGAGCUGGUGGGUGAGCCGUGCAUGCUGGACCACGUCUCAGCGCACUGGACCUCCCCAUCCAGCUACCACCUGGCGGAGGGCGCCCGGCGCUUCGAGAUGUGGGAGACCAGCCCUGCGCUGCACGCCGGGCUGGCCGCAGCACUGCAGCUCUGCAGCAGCAUCGGCCCAGAGCGAAUCUGGGAGCGUGCCACAAUGUUGGCCCGCCGUCUCCGGGGCCGCUUGCAGGACAUGGGGCUGACCUGCUGUGACGCGGAGGCUGAGCCGGAGAGCCGGGCAGCCAUCGUGACCUUUGCGGCAACACGCCCGGCGCAGGAGAUCAAGGAAGCUCUGGCAGCGCGCCGGAUCGCGGUGUCUGUGUCGCCGAGAAUCCACAGCUUCAACGAGAGCGACUGGAAGGAGCCCCCGGUGGUACGGCUGAGCCCGUCCUACUACAACACAGAAGAUGAGAUCGACGCGGCCGCCGCCGCACUGCGGGAAAUCCUCGAAGAAAAGACAUGA